UGAUGAUCGUCCGGCUGCAGAUCUGGAAACUCUGCAACUUCCAUAGGAAUCCUCCUCCGCCACUGCAGCUCUGCGUUCGUCCACUCAAUCAGAAACCGCUAAUGUGGUGCUGCACCGCCAGCAUGUCCGCUGUCUCGUGAGCCCAUGCAGUCAUCGAUACGUGUCACUGGUGUCUGACAAAGUCCACCAAUCCCACCACAGAGGAUCCCUCUGAACAACUGGACGAGACGUUGGGAAACAAAACGGUGGUGUCGUCGUAUCUGCGUCCCCUCCCCCCUUCCCACGUUAUCUUGUCACGGACAAGGAUCGCUCUGCCGGCAGUUAGUACUACUAGUACUUACAACGGAGUACAUCGCCCUCCGACCCCUCCUGCCUCCCCCCCUCAAGUCGGGGAGAUGGAUCUGGAAUACAGGUCGGACAGGGUGUCCACCCACCCUGACGCACCGUUGCGUCGUCCUCCACGUCCCCCUCGCUGGUCGCAGAUUACCACCCCCUCCCACUCCACCCCGGUGGUCGAACCCGUUGGUCCCUCUCACCAACCCACCCCAGCUAUCAAUAGCAAUCGCGGCUUUAUCCUCGAUGAGUCGGCUCGUGCGUAUCGUACCACGGCCCUCCGUCAACUCAACGGGUCGUCCGCCAGACCCUGGUCCGCGAGUUCGCGACAUCAGGCCCAUCAUCAUCCUCCCCCCACCCGGUCGACCCUGGCGUCGCAGCCGGUACUGGUAAGAGCCUAUUCAGGCGGUCCCCAUGAUUCCCAAGAAACGUCCAAGAUGCCGUCGCGGCGAUCAUUCCUCUUCACGGGUGGCUCCGGCCCCGGGUCCAGCUCCAGCUCCGGAUCCCAAAACCGCGGACCCCCGCUCCCGUCCCACGAGGACUUCGGCAUCGACAGCAUCCUGCGCGCCAUUGAGCCCAACAUCCGUGGCACCCUAGAGUCCAUCGGCGAGAUAUGCGGUCGCAGCAAACUGAGCCUCGCCAAUGAAUACGACAGCCAUAUCGCUCCCUUGGGCGAGAUUCGCGCCCCGGCAGGCGGCCUCUUGACCGUCGAAGAAGCGAGCUCGGACCAUGAACGCCAGCUGGACAACGUCGUUAUCUACGACGACGAGCCGAGUCUCGUCGACGGGCGGGAUGGGCCCCGCUCUCACGCUGAAUACUGGGACCAUCGUCUCCCGCAUGGAGCGGCGGUUUAUCCGUCCACGAUACCCCUUGCUCGAGAGGCACCGCCUAUCCAACCAACGACAGAUGCCCGCGCGAGCGAUGCACCAGCAGUCCCAACUACCCGGGAAUUCGUAUCGAGUCCCAAAACCGGCGGUCGCGCGUUCCUGCAGAAACAGGCGCACACAAGCGGCGACGACCACAGACAGCGGAUCCUUACCCCGGCGGUAGUGUCCGAGGUGCUUCUCGACGCGCGAGCCGAAAGCCACCAACAUGGUCCUCCGCUCACGUCGGAGGUGCCGGAUGAGGUCCCGGCAGAGACGGGGGUGGGCGCUGUUAACGCAGACGCGGAUGUCCGACAGCAACGCUGGCGAUCGCCUUCCGAGUCGGAACGGCCGUCGAUGGGCGCGGAUGCGCAGGCGCUAUUUGGCUGGCUCCGGACUGCUCGCGACGGUCGAACGGAUAGACCGACGGCGGAGAUGAGGCUGCGGGCGAUGUUGGAGAGGCCGCGGGAGGUGGCUCAUGCAGAGUAGUCUUGUCCUUUUGACCUGGAGAUGGGAUCUACCUUGCUCGGUCUACCCUUACUGUCUAUCCUUGAUACGGUCUACACUGGAUGUCAGAUCUACCUUGAUACCAGAUUUACCUUGAUAUCGCAUCUAACCUAGAUAUGGAAAUGUAACAUGAUACAUGAUCGAACUAGCUGCAUAUUAUGA